AUGACAGCGCACAAGAGGGUGCAUUCGGGGGAGCGUCCCUAUGUGUGCCAGGAAGCGGGUUGUACCGAAGCCUUCACUUGGAGUGGCAGUCUGAAGGAGCACAUAUUCUACUAUCACACCGCCGACCGGCAGCAGCGCCGGAAGCAAGAGGAGGAGCGAGUCGCAAAGGCCCUCACGAAGGCCCAGAUCGAUUUCAAACGGGAGCACCAAGUGGAUUUCGGGUGCCUUCAGGGGACGUUCGCACGGACGGACUUCAUUGUCCUCAUGGGGGGCAAGGUCAUCAUAGUGAAAGUGGACGAAUAUCAGCAUGAGAGCUAUGGGAUUUCCUGUGAGGUUGCACGAAUGCUCCAAAUCCAAAAAGCACUGAUGCUUGAGGAAAACGAAUUGCCCGUCCACAUCCUGAGGUACAAUCCCCACACAUUCCAUAUUGACGGAAUCAAGAAGCGAGUGACGAGGCAAAUCAGGGAGGAGCGCCUGGUCGAAGCGAUACGUGACACUGAUCUGCUGGCAAAUGGCAGCGGGCAUCGCUUGCUCUCGAUGCAGUGCCAUGGGAAAGUGCAGGUGUUGCAAGCCGGGUAUACCCGCGCUUGGUAUACAGCUCAAGACCACGGGUAA